UUUAAAAACGAAAAUGGCGGACUUUGAACGUGUUCCUGUCGUCAACGUGAACGUAAAAAACCUAAAUUUUCUCUAUCCGAGUAUUGUGCUAGCCAUUAAAAAUUCCACUUUCAUAUCUAUCGAUUUGGAAUUAAGUGGAAUUGGGAAUAGACAUGAAAUUAAUUGUAGCUCAAUUGAGGACAGAUAUAAAGCAUUAUCUGAAGUUGCUAAAACACGUGCUAUUAUUUCUUUUGGCAUAUCCUGUUUUAAAUUACAAUCAAACUAUCCCAAUUCUAAGAACUGUCUUGGCAUUAAGUUUUUAGUACAGACAUAUAAUAUAGUGGUCCUUUGUAAUGAAAAUUACAUUGUAGAACCAAAUUCCUUACAAUUUUUAAUUCAACACGGAUUUGACUUUAAUUAUCAAUACGAAUUUGGACUGACAUAUUAUCGAGGAAAUGAUAAGGAUGAAUCAAGUAUAGACACACCCAGUCUUCGCAACCUUCUAAAUGAAAUAGCAAUAGCAAAGCAUCCCAUUAUACUUCAUAAUGGUCUCGUAGAUAUAAUAUUUCUCUAUCAGAACUUGUAUUGUGAACUUCCUUCAUCAUUUUCAUCGUUUUUGGCAGAUUUGUCAGAACUUUUUUCAUCUGGUAUAUACGAUACAAAAUAUAUCAGUGAGUUUCAAGCUAGAUUGCCUGCAUCAUAUCUUCAAUAUAUAUUUCGCAAAAAACAGAGAGAAAAUGCAAAUAAGAUGAAAAAUGAAAAACAUUAUGUUGCAAUUGAAUUUGUAUCAUAUAAGGAUUUGAGUGAUAUUGAAUAUGUUAUGUGUCAUUUGAGAGAUAUUCCAGAAAAAAGAAAUUCUGUAACAGUGUGCAAAAAUUAUGCAAAUCAUGGCUGGUGUUCUAAGGGAAAGGAUUGUACAGAUUCUCACAAUGUUGAUGAUAUAUUGGAUAAACAAGGAUGUGGUUUGCCGUCCAAAAAAAGGAAAACAGAAAACAUUAAAGAACAGGAAAUAAGUACCAAUAAAAUAUCUGUAGAUAAUUCUUUAAGUCAUACUGGACAUAGAGCUGGCUUUGAUGCAUUUAUGACUGGAUUUGUCUUUGCAUCUUUUCUUGAAGUUCAUUGUAAAUUCAAAUCUCCCUCAGGUUUGACUGCAAUGUUAGAAUCUGGAUUUGAUAAAACUGUUAAUAAAAUAUAUCUUAUAGGCAAGAAUGUUCCUUUAAUAGUGACUAAAGGAAAUUUUGCCAAAUCUAGUAGUGAGCACAAGAAAAAAUUACAGAAAUUAAAUAUUUAGUAUAUAACUGACAAGUUUAGCAAUUUUAAUGUUGAACUAUUGCAGUAAAAAAAGGAAACAGAUGUUGCUUUUGAGAUAUUUACAACCGAGAUCUUACUCGAAUCAAGAAGUUCCGUUUCACGAAGAAAAAUCCUCCAAUGGAUAUUCCAAUGGGC